AUGGUAUUGGAAUCUGCACUCAAUACAUCUGGAAUUGGUUCCUUGACUGCACACUCGAACGAGGACUGCCAGUUCGUCGGUAGCUCAAGUGACGACUGUUUCAUCAGGACAGUGAAACAUGCAGAGUCAACGACUUGGAUGGCUCAAGGUCAGCUGAGCCCAAUUUCCCCACAGCAGAGGAUACGAUCGUAG